AGAAGCAUGCAGUGGUGUCUCCUCCUGAUCUGGGCUCAGGGGCUGAGGCAGGCUCCCCUCCUGGCGUCAGGAGCCGUGGCAGGCAGAAUAGUGACUGUGGGGAACAUUUCUGCAGAGGAAGGUGGCUCUGUCACCUUACAAUGUCACCUGUCCUCCACCACAGCCACGGUGACUCAGGUCGACUGGAAGCAGCAGGACCAAUUUCUGGCCAUUCAUCACGCGGAGUCCGGGUGGUCCAUCUACCCGGCUUUCAGGGAGCGAGUGGUCCCCCGCCCCAACCUGGGCCUCACCCUGCAGUCCCUGACUACGAACGACACAGGGGUGUACUCCUGUGUCUAUCACACCUUCCCUGAUGGCAUUUACAGAGGAAGAUUCUUCCUAGAGGUCCUACGAAGCUCAGGGGCUGGGCACAGCGCUGGGUUCCUGAUCCCGCUGCUGGGAGUCCUGUUGCUGGUGGUCAUCUGCACAGCGGCCACCAUGGUGGUCACGUUGGCCAGAAAGAAGAAAUUUCUCAGAAUUCGUUCUGCAGAAAGUGGCCUCAGGAGAGGGCCCUGUGGACAGGAGGAAUGGGGGCUCAGGGUUCCGGCCUCCCCUGCAAGCUGCGUCCUGACAGAAGCUGCAGCUGCCGGCCCAUGCAGAGAGCAGAGGGAUAAUGACUAUGACGAGCCGCACGACUACUUCAACGUCCUGAGCUACAAAAGCCUCGGGGACAUCAGCUUCCCAGCAGAGACUGGUUAGCGGUGAGGGGCAUCUUCUGGGAGACACAGCCUGACUAUGUGUAGGGUCUGCACUCUCCAUCACUGCUGUGUGUGUGUGUGUGUGUGUGUGUGUGUGUGUGUGUGUGUGUGUGUGAAUGAUUGCCAUCCUCAUCUCUGUCUGCAUUUCCUCUCCCCUUCCCUUCCACUCCAUUGUGGCAGACCAGGGUGAGCAGCUUGAGUCUUGAUUAUGAAUGCGAUGUUGAAAACAGUGUGACCUGAUUUUGGGUCUGGCAGUUUGAGCCAAUUCUGUGGCUCUGGACAACGUGUUCCUCCUAACAGCACUGGGCGGGGGCUCAGGUGACAGGGUUUUGUGGGGGAUGAUGAUGACAGUGUGAUUGUAAAGCCACAUUCUUCUCAUUUCUCACUGUCCUUUCCAUCA